AUGGGUUUGAUGAGCCAAUACGCUUCAGCAGCGUACUGCUCCGAUAACUACAAUUCACCUGGUAACAAGGUCAGCUGCGUGAACGGAAAGUGCCCAUUAGUUCAAGCCGCAGAUUCAAAUACUAUAGCCGAAUACAGCGAAGAUGAAACAUCAACAGACGUUACCGGCUACAUCGCCGCAGACCACACCAACAAACUCAUCAUUGUCUCUUUUCGCGGCAGCAAAACCCCAGACAACUGGCUCACAAACCUCGAUCUCGGCAUGACCAAAACCGACAUUUGCUCCUCCUGCUCCGCCCACCGCGGCUUCUGGCGCUCCUGGCUCGACGCCCGCGACCGCGUGCUACCUGCCGUAUCGCAAGCCGCGACCGCAAACCCCUCUUACGAGAUCCGCGUAACGGGGCACUCCCUCGGCGGCGCCAUCGCCACCCUCGCCGCAGCCAGCAUGCGCAACGCAGGCCGUACAGUCGCACUAUACACCUACGGCUCGCCGCGUGUAGGUGGCAGCAAGAUCAGCGACUACAUCUCCAAGCAGGCAGGUGGCAACUACCGCAUCACGCACUGGAACGACCCCAUGCCCAAACUCCCGUUGUUGACGAUGGGAUACGUACACACGAGCCCGGAGUACUACAUCGAUAAGCCGAACGGCAAGGAUGUAUCCGCAAGCGACGUCCAAGUGUACGAGGGAGCAGUUAGCUUUCGUGGGAAUGGGAAGUGGUUGGCUAUGGAUGUCAAUGCGCAUAUGUGGUAUUUCUCCACCGUGAAGAUGUGCGAUGCAAAGAGUGUGAAGAGGGGGGUGUUGGAUAUCACGGGGGUAAAAAGGGGUCAGAUGGAAGUUGUGUCUGUUUUCUAA